GAGAAGCUGAGUCGCGGUGCCGCGGAGGCUGAGGCCGGCUCGUGGGCUGGGCCCGGGACGGCGGGCCGCGGGGCCGCAGGAGGCGAGGUCGGCCGCAGCGGCGCGUCCCUGCCUCGGGGCCGCGCUUGACCCGCGCGCCCCGGCGUUGUGCGCCCCAAGGCCGGGCCGGGCCGAGCGGCUUGUGGGGGUCGGCGGCUGGGCGUGGGGAGGCGCGCGGCGAGUUGAGCGGAGAGCCCCGCGCGUGAGGGAGCGCGGAGCCAGGCGCUGCAGCCGUCAUGUCCGAGGACUCGAGCGCCCUGCCCUGGUCCAUCAACCGGGACGACUACGAGCUGCAGGAGGUGAUCGGGAGUGGAGCAACUGCUGUGGUCCAAGCAGCGUAUUGUGCCCCCAAAAAGGAGAAGGUGGCAAUCAAACGAAUAAACCUUGAGAAGUGUCAGACUAGCAUGGAUGAACUCCUGAAAGAAAUUCAAGCCAUGAGCCAGUGUCACCACCCUAACAUCGUGUCAUACUACACGUCCUUCGUGAUGAAGGAUGAGCUGUGGCUGGUCAUGAAGCUGCUGAGUGGAGGUUCUGUUCUGGAUAUUAUUAAGCAUAUUGUGGCAAAGGGAGAACACAAAAGUGGAGUUCUGGAUGAGCCGACCAUUGCUACAAUCCUUCGAGAAGUCUUAGAGGGAUUGGAAUACCUCCAUAAGAACGGGCAGAUUCACAGAGAUGUGAAAGCCGGAAACAUUCUUCUCGGAGAAGAUGGCUCUGUACAGAUAGCAGAUUUUGGUGUUAGUGCUUUUUUAGCGACUGGUGGUGAUAUUACCAGAAAUAAAGUGAGAAAGACGUUUGUUGGCACCCCUUGCUGGAUGGCGCCUGAAGUCAUGGAGCAGGUUCGAGGUUAUGAUUUUAAAGCUGAUAUCUGGAGUUUUGGAAUCACAGCGAUCGAACUGGCCACAGGGGCAGCUCCUUACCAUAAAUACCCACCAAUGAAGGUUUUAAUGCUGACACUCCAGAACGAUCCUCCUUCUUUGGAAACUGGUGUUCAAGAUAAAGAAAUGCUAAAAAAAUACGGGAAAUCAUUUAGAAAAAUGAUUUCAUUGUGCCUCCAAAAGGACCCAGAAAAAAGACCAACAGCAGCAGAACUGUUGAGGCACAAGUUUUUCCAGAAAGCAAAGAAUAAAGAAUUUCUUCAAGAAAAAAUACUACAGAGAGCGCCUACCAUUUCUGAAAGAUCUAAGAAGGUUCGGAGAGUGCCAGGCUCCAGCGGCCGUCUCCAUAAGACAGAGGACGGGGGCUGGGAGUGGAGUGACGAUGAACUUGACGAGGAGAGUGAGGAGGGCAGAGCAGCAAUUUCACAGCUUAGGUCUCCCCGAGUGAAAGACUCAUUAUCAAAUUCUGAGCUCUUCUCAGCAGCUGAUCCCAUGGCCACUUUGCUCCAAGUUCCAGAACAGAUUUCUGCCCAUCUACCUCAGCCCGCUGGCCAGAUACCUGCACAGCCAGCUCAGGUCUCUCUCCUGCCCCCUGCAGAGCCAGCAAGAGCAGCACAGGCUCAGUCUUCAGGAGAACGGUCCCAGGAGACCAAGAUCCCCAUCAGUCUAGUGUUAAGGUUAAGGAAUUCCAAAAAAGAGCUAAAUGAUAUUAGAUUUGAAUUUACUCCUGGGAGAGAUACUGCGGAGGGUGUCUCUCAGGAGCUCAUUUCCGCCGGCCUGGUCGAUGGAAGGGAUUUAGUAAUAGUGGCAGCUAAUUUGCAGAAAAUUGUGGAAGAGCCUCAGUCAAAUCGAUCUGUCACUUUCAAACUGGCAUCUGGUGUUGAAGGCUCCGAUAUUCCUGAUGAUGGCAAGCUGAUAGGAUUUGCCCAGCUCAGCAUUAGCUAAAUCACAGUCCUGGAAGAGUCAGCCUGAGGAGAUGCCACACAUGCAUAUCUCUGUUGCUUCUGUUGGCCUGACCCCACAACUGCCAAAGAACCCAGCAACAAACUUCCUGGCUUGGAGCUUUAGAGUUUUUUCUUUUGUGUUCUUCUUGCCAUUCUUCCCCGACACUCCACCCCCACCCUUUUUCCACAAGGAAAGAAAAGUUGAGUCCCCAGUGGCCAGCAUCCCCUCAGAGAGUUCUGCUAGUAGGUGUGCUGCCCAAGUCCCCUUUCUCCGUCCAUCUGAGAAGCAGAAGCAGCAGUGCGCCUCAAGGCCCAGGGUGGAAAUCUCUCAGCUCAUUCUUGCCUUACUACAGCAAUGGCCCAAGUGGAUAGUAGCAGCUGUGUCGGGCGUCCUCAUCUUGCCUGUUCUCCCACACCUGCAGGGAUUUGAGCAUCUUGGGCUAGCUUGAUAACACUGAAGUAGCAAUUAAAAGUUGAUUGUUCAGCUGGAGCCCAGAGAAUUUAAUUACUGUUUUUUUCUUUGUACCUGAUGUGAAUUCUAGCAACCUUUUGUUAGAAAAAAGCACAGCCUCAGAUGGAGGCAGCCUAAACUCUUGUCUGUCCUGUCCAUGGUGUCUCCUCCGUGUUUGCUGAGCUGUUCUCAGGCACCCCCUUCACUGCUCCCUACAGAAAGGGUUGCUAGCCUUAACUUCAGCUGGUGCAAAACAUCUGACUGUAGUCAGACUUCAGCCAUCUGCUCCUUCAGAGUGGAACCUUGGAUUGUGUGUGCAAAAACCAUCAAGCAAUGGCUUUUAAAUCUUAUCUUGCCAGAGGUCGUCUUUGAACAGGAAAAAGAACUUGUGAGUCAUAUCAUUAGGAAAGUAUUUUCAAUUUUUAAAAAGUUAAACUGAAGAAAAAUGGAAACUUUGAUCAUCCUGUUAAGAUGGAUCUGCCUGGCCUCUAAGUCAUGAGGAAGUGGGUGUACACGGCUGAGAUUUUACAGCAAUAAAGGAGACUCACACUAGGCUAGAGGCCUGCCUUCUGCUCCUCUCCUGCACUGACUCCUUGGAGGGGGGGGGGGGGUCUUCAUUUGCUGAACUGACCCAAGAUGGAACAUGAAACCACACGUGCCGUGACCUCUAGGUUUUAUGAGUAGACAGUGUUAAUUUGAUUUUCUAUAGAAAUUAUGUAAAUUAUUCUGUAGUUUAAAAAAGAGCACUCAAUGCAAUAUGUGAAUCAGUGGGGUUGGUUUUCUUUUUUCCUACUGUUUAAUAGCAUUUGUCUAAUUGCUAAGAAGCCUACCAAGUUACCAAAUUUUAUAUAAGAAUGGAAUAGUCAGUCUGGCCUUAAAGAGACACACAAAGAUGGGCUGUUGGGCUCCUAGAAAGGAACUAGUUAGUUGCCUUUUAUAGAAUUCCUUUGCACUUGCCUGUGUUGGUCUGAUGAACAAGAUUAGGUACGUAGUGAGUUUCCAUCCUUACUCCAACCCCGCACAGUUCUAAAGAUCAAACCUUUGCAUUGCUCAUUACAAUCAGCUCUAUCACAUUUUCUCUUGGAACACCUGAAAGCUUUCCCUAUGUCUAACUGUGUCACCUUAUGUUUCAUUCAUUCUGAGCCUGUAGUUUCAGUCAAGGACUUUCUUCACCUGUUAUGAGUGCAAAGGCAUGUUGGGAAAGGGAUGUUGGAGAGGAAGAGAACAUGGAUUUGAGAGUGGAGUUAAGAGAAUAGGUUAGAUGAUAGUCCAAAGUCCCAGCAGGAUUGGUAAAAGGAGAUACCUACCAAGCCAGGAGGGAGAAAAAAGAUUGAUCAGUUAGCUGGGAAAACAUUUCUUCCUCCCCCAACCCCAACACUCCCUUAUUAGAGGUAGGGUUAUAAAAAAGCCAGGACAGGUAGGAUUGAGCUAUGGAAAAUAGGCAGUGUUAUCUUUGACACAAGACCAGUGGCUUGCUAUAGAAUUUGUUUUGGUUUCAGCAGCUUAUUUUAAUUCACUUUGGAGCUCAAGAAGGAAUGUGGGACAUCCUAGCUUGGAGCGACCCAGCCCCUCUCCUGUUCAGUUCUCUAGACCUUUGCCCCACCUUUUGUGUGGGACAGGCAUGACAGUAAAAGUGGCCCUGGGCUCUUUUCACUUCAUUGUUGCUUUUCUAGGAACUAGGAGGUGGGCACCAAGACUCAGGAUUGUGUUACUUUUGCAUGAUGUGUGGUGAAUUCCUUCCGCUGGCUUACGCAGUGAGGCAGAUAAAACAGUCAGUGGAAACUGCCGAGGUGGGACUUUGUGGAACCCUCCUACCCAGGAGCAGUGAUUCAGGGUGUACCUCUGUCACUAGGUCCUCAAGAUACCCUGUCCCUGGAAUAGGGACUAACUAUAGCCCAAGAUACCGUGUGCCAAUGUAGCCAAGAUAUUGAAAUGUAUGAUCUUUCUGAAUGAUUAAAGGAAUAUUUGGGUUCUUUGUCAUCCUCCCUUCUGUUUUGAACCAAAUCCUAGAGCUAGCUGAGACUGAAUAAUCUGGAGGCUAGAAAUGGUAUACCUGUAAAUGUCAGUUCCUCCUUAAGAUGGAUGUGUAAAAUGCUACCUUCUCUCUUCUCUUGACUUUGUAUUUUACUGCAUGUUUUCUUCAUUUUUAAUCAAUAAAGAAUAAAUUGUCCUUA